AUGUCUCGAUCUCCUCGCACUCCUAUGCGUUCGCCUGCUUUUCCAGACAUUCCAAUCUACCUGGAUACCGGCGAUGAACGCAUCACAGCAAAGACAUAUGGUACAACACCAACUACGCCAACCACACCAGACAUCAUCCCUCCUCAACGCCCGACACACCUGAGCCCGUCACACAUCAAUGCGCCACCCAUCAGCCCGGCCGAGCCGAGCCCCACAACCACUAUCGAGACUUCCAGUUGUCGGUCAGUCAUCUGGCCCAUUCCAGAACCACCACCGGAGAUUCAGCACCAGUCUGACUCUAGGCGACCGACUCUUCGCUUCUUCCCGACUGAACGCCCUCGAGUCCGUCUUGACACCGUUCAUUCCCUGCAGGUUCCUUCCAUCAACGAGAAGACCCCAAUCAGCUACUACAAUCACCCUGGGUUAGGCAUUCUCAAUGGGCCGCCUAAGCCUCCCUCCAUCGAGAUCUCGCCGCCGAUCAACGAAAAGUCCAACCCGGAGGCCAACAUCGCACAACGUAUCGAAGAGACGUUAUGGAGAUACAGUGCAUCUGGUAACAUCUUGAAGAGAUGGUUACUGGAAGUACUCAGUUGGCUGUUCAGCGCGAUCUGUAUGGCCGCCGUGAUCGGUGUACUUAUCAGGCUCAAGGAUGAACCAUUGACAAAGUGGGCCUUGGCUGAGAAGACUGGCUUGACUUUGAACGCCUAUAUCUCCAUUCUGUCCAAGAUGGCCGGUGCCGCCCUCAUCUUACCAGUGUCUGAAGCCCUUGGCCAGCUGAAAUGGAGCUGGUUUUUGGAACACUCAAAACAAAUGUGGGAUUUCGAGAUCUUCGACAACGCAUCCAGAGGGCCGUGGGGCUCUUUCCUACUAUUAAUACGAACCAAGGGACGGGCACUAGCCGCUUUAGGAGCCAUGAUCAUGCUGUGCUCUUUGGCCUUGGAUCCCUUCUUUCAGCAAGUGGUCGAUUUCCCCAACAGGUGGGCCCUUCAAGACACAGCGAGUCUCAUUCCAAAGGUGGCAUCUUACACACCGUUCUAUACUCCGGAGUUUUUCCAAGGCUUUGAGAUGAAUUUUCGAGACCCUGCUCUUAGGCCCGUUAUCAGUCAGUUCUUUAUUGACAACGGCACACAGCCUGUACCUUUCGGUAAUGGAACGAGGCCCGAGAUACCCCUUUCUUGUCCCACGAGCAACUGCACUUGGCCCCCGUAUGAGACGUUAGGCGUCUGUAGCGAAUGUGUCGACGUGUCCCCGCUACUCGAGUGGGAUUGCAUCUACACUCGCAUUGAUUGGAGCGCCAACCAGACGGGCCCAAUAGAGGUUGACAAGUACCCGAAUUCGACAGUCUGUGGUUACUUUCUCAACAAGACCAGCGAUGCGCCCGUUCUCAUGUCGGGUUACAUCCUUGAUGAUGCCGACGAUGAACCCAUCAAGGGCGAAGCUCUCAUCAUGCGCGCCCUUCCGCUUACGGACAUGCUCGAUAGGUUUUCGUUAUUCCAAGGCUCUAUCAACUUCCGGCACGUACGCAAUCCUAUUCUGGAUGCCUUGAUUGCCUCUGUCGAUGGUGGGUCUGCUGGCGUAUACCGUAACGAAACUCCGGUCAUACAUGAAUGCGUUCUAGCAUGGUGUGUGAAGACUAUUGAGUCAUCGUAUGCUUGGGGAAGCUACGACGAGAAUGUCACAUCAACCUACCUCAACGGAACGUCCGGACCUUUCCCAUGGACCAGCGUGCCAGUGGAACUAGAAGGAGAGAACGCCACCAUGACCAUUUAUGCGGACGAUAUCAACAUAACACCACCACCGUCAAGCCGGAAUCUGACAACCGGCGUCGUAUUCAACGAUACCUAUCACUUGUCGAACACAACCGCUUCGAACGUCAUCAUUAUCUUCGACGAUUUCUUCCCAUCUUACUACACUGCCGCGACGUCAACGGAGAAACCGAUGCUGAGGUAUAAGAACUUCGCGGACGGCCCAUCCAUGCGCAAGCUCGCAUUCAAUCCAUUGUUAGCACCGAACAACAUUACUCAUCAUUUCGAGAGACUCGCUACUGCUAUGACGAACGUGGUACGAUCCUCCGAUGAAAGUAAAAACAUGCUUGGAGGUAAGGCGUAUAACCAGGAGAACUACGUUUCGGUUCGAUGGGAGUGGCUCACUCUGCCGAUUGGUCUUCUCUUAAUCUCUCUCGUUUUCUUGUCGGCAACUGUGGCUAAGUCAGCGAUGGAACGCGAUCGUGUGGGAGUAUGGAAGACUUCGGCAUACGCCACCCUCUUGUAUGGUCUGCCAGAUGAAAUGCAGCAACGGAUCACAAGAUCUUCGAGCACAGGAACCCCAAGAGCCAAAGCAAAAGAACUCAAGGUCAAAUUGCAGCCCAAUCAGGGCUGGAGAGUAUCUGGAAACCUUUUCUCCCCAUUCGUAGCGAAGCCAAAACCCAAUCUACCUCCGCCGGGUUGGAUCUAA